AUUCCUACACACAACAAUACAAUACAUGGCUUUACAUGUAGGUCCAACAACUGGAGAAAAGUUCAUAAGCCAGAACUUCAUUCUCAACCUCCUCACCCUCUUCAAUUCAGACGAUCUCCGCGAACGCGACGCGAUCAAAAACAUUGUCCACCGGAUCUACUCAAAGUUCACAUUCCACCGAUCCUUCAUGCGCAAAUCAUUAACCGACGUUUUACUCCAUUUCAUCUACGAAACUGAUCAUCGACAAAAUGGGAUUGGAGAGAUUCUCGAGAUAUGGGGAAGCAUAAUCAACGGGUUCACGGUGCCAUUAAAGGAGCAACACAAGGUUUUUUUAUCUAGGGUUUUGAUCCCGUUGCAUAAACCGAAGAAUAUGGUGGUUUAUCACCGUCAAUUGGUGUAUUGUGUGUCACAGUUUGUGCAGAAAGAGACAGUGCUUAGCCGUGUGGUGAUCGAAAAGAUUUUGAGGUGUUGGCCGGUGACGAAUUGUCAAAAAGAAGUGUUGUUAAUCGGAGAGUUGGAAGAGAUUGUGGAGAAUAUUGAUCAAAGGUGGUACCUGAUGGUGGCUGUUCCGGUGUGGAGUAGACUCGCAAAGUGUAUAACAAGUGAUAAUUCACAGGUAGCCGAGCGGGCUCUGGAUGUUUGGAAUAACGAACAAUUCAUGAGGGUGGUGUCUCAAGAUAUCGAGAUAGUGUUCCCUAUUCUAGUUGAAGCCAUUGAAACGAACCUUAAGCUGCACUGGAGCAAAAACGUACAACAACUGACACAAAGCGUGAAGAACUUACUUCAAGAACUUAAUCCUCUUCUCUAUAAAAGGUGCCUCAAUCGGCUAGAUUAGUAGAAAACACAAUUGCAUCGAUUUUGUAGGUAUAUACAAGUCUAUAUCACUGAUGAGUUAACAUUAGAAAACCAUUCAAUUUUAAGGUUAAUCAGAUUGUUGCCAUAGGCCGCACAUU